AUGAGGAGAGAUUUGUUUACAAAUCUGCCGGAAGAGUUGACGAUAGAUAUCUUGGGAAGGCUCCCGAGUGAAAUCAUUAUGAAUUGCAAGCUCGUUUGUAAAUCAUGGCUCGAUCUGAUAGAAGGGGGCAAGUUUGUGACCUCGUAUACUCCGAAGCCAUGCCUCGGUUUCACUUCCGAACACAUGUACACGGUCUACGAAGACGAUGCCAGCGAGCCACUUUUCCAAAUCUCGCUGAAUCCUCCACACGUUGAUUGUGGAUACAAUUCACGGUGUCGUGUUUUAAUUGAUUCAGCUGAUGGUUUGCUUUUUGUGAGGGAUUCAGACAAAAAUCUUUUCGUGGUCAAUCCAAUGACUCGUGACUAUGUCCGGCUUCCUCCACCGUCCACUACUUGCCGCCCGUGCAUAUUUGGGUUUGGAGUGAGCAAAAUAAGCCGGCAAUAUAAGAUUUUAUGUGGCCUAGAAGAUUCUGGGUCGUGCCAUGUGUACACUCUAGGAGGAGGAGGUGGUGGGUCAUGGAGAAGCAUCUCAGCACCAUCAUCACCAGCCGGACGUAUACGUCCUAUAACGCUUUGUGAUGUUGCUGCAUUUUUUAACGGAAAUCUUCACUGGACCUCUAAGGAGGAAUACUGGAGUAUCUGCUGCUUUGAUCUUAAAACAGAGCUCUUUACUGUUUUUUUCCCUCCUCCUCUUGCCUCUAAUCUCGAAAUGCAUCACGAGUAUCGGUUAUGUACUUUGGAGGGUCAGCUGUGUCUAUGUGAAUGUAAAGGAAGUGGCAAUAUUGAUAUUUGGCGAAUGAACAGCUAUGGAGAUGAUAAUUCUUGGGAAAGAGCAUAUACCUUCGACCUAAAACAACGAAUAGCACCUAUAUUCGGUGGACUUAUUUUCCCGCUAAAAGUGUUGGACAACGGUGAUUUGUGGUUCACAGUGGAUCGCAGUCUCUUGUAUAUCUACUCCAUAAACACUGAAAGCGCUGUGCUACAUAAUCCCCCUCAAUGCUCAAGUCGUUUUAAUUCCGAUAUCACUACUUAUACCCCAAGCUUUCUUUCGCUCAAUGCUAUGGGGAUUCCAAAUGUUCAGUCACUACGACUACGACCACGACCAUGA